UUCAGUUGAAUUCGGUUCUUCAUGUGAGUCUUGUAGUUGCGAUGAUUCGCUGUCGCUGACUAUGAUAGGCUUUAUAAUACCGGUUUUAUUCAUAAUGUUUGGAUUACUAGAACCAGUGUACACGCAAAGUGAAUUUGAGUCUUUGGACACUGGUGCAUACUUCCUAGGCACCUAUAAAACUUCACGUGGAAUGAAAACAUGGAUGGAAGUAAGAGAAGACUGUAGGAAUCAUUGGGCAGACUUGGUCACAGUGGACUCGGAAGAGGAGUUGUCGAGUCUUCUCAGCCUUAUUAAAUCGAUGAGGUUUAAAAAUGGUACUUCAUUUUCAACGUCUGGAGUCCACAUCUAUGAACGAUUAACAUGGUGGUCUAACGGAAAGGAUGUCACAUUUUUAAAGCGAAAGCCAGACUAUAAGCCAACUAAGGUCAUAUACUAUUUAAGCCUAGUGCUUUAUAAUAACGAGCUUUAUAUGAUAGAUACAAAUGGAGAGGAUGAAUUUUAUAUUUGUGAGUUUGUGCCUGGCUGGGUAAGAGCUUAUAGAUUAAUAUUAAAUUAUCCUUACGUACCCUUUUCUGUUCUGGUCAUAUUAAUUGUUAUUCGUUUGUAUUUGAAUACCUUGUUUAAUUUCGAAAGACGACAGUAUGUUAGCGAUGACCAAGAAUCUCUUAUAGGUGUAGACAAAAGAGGGAAGGGGAGGGCCACGGCCCUCUCCUAAGAUAAAAAAUUGGAAAUUGGAAAAAAAAAUCGUAAGAGAUGUUGACCUUCUAAAAGUCACUGUCUACAGUGAAAGCCCCCUUUUUAUCAAAUUGUGUCAUUAAACGGACCAAAUAUUAUUAUAAUUAUUAUUAUUUUAUCAACAAUAAUUAUUGUUUUAUUAUUA